CCCCCUCCCCCCCCGUCCGUGUGAGAGCGUGGCUUCAGCCCCCUCCUCCUCCGUUCGCUCGUUAUCCUCCCACCCGCCGAAAAAACACCCUGCUUCGCGAAUAGUUAUCCUGUCCUUGAGUCGAUCAAAAUCAUUAUCAAUCAAUAACAACACCACCAACAACAACAAUAACAACAAUCACAACAACAACGCCAGUUAACCACCCACCACCCGCCAACCUCCCAACCAGCACCACAACCACAACCAUCUCCGCUUCGAUGCCACCACCUUCACGUCCCAUGCGAGGAACUGAGAAUCGCGAAUUCGAGAACCGAGUGCGUCAUGCUACCACGACGGCAAAGCCAAAAACACCGCCGCUUGCGUCGCCAGUGGCGCGGCUAGGCAACGGACCGGAUCCGACCGAUUUGAGGGCUGCAUUGGAGGAUGCCGUCGCUACUCCCACGCCGUCGCCGAGCAGGAAAAGGCAGCGGAUUGUGUACCAGGACAGAUUCAUACCAAACCGAGACGGCGUCGAUUUGACAGCUAGCUUCAGCUUAUUACCGUCGUCCCCGUCAAAACCGCCAAAGCGCACGCCCCAAGGCGAGCUGCACUUCCAGAAGAAUGAACAAGCAAACAAUACCUUCACGCACCUGUUGCGAUCCGAACUAUUCCACAACGAGAUACCCCAGGCCGACCCGCCGUCGUUCAACACCCGUAACUCUGCGGCUUCUUCGCGGAUAAAUACCGUGCGCAACAGGACGCCGCCAAUAGCGGCUUCGAAUAUUAAUGCCCCGUCGACGCCGUCAAAAAACUUGUUCAGUUACAUGUCGCCCAAGACGGGGACGCCCAAGUCUCGACACGGACCGAACAUGGAUACGAGAUCGGAGAUUUACUCCCUCUCGCCAGUCCGAUACGACAGCCAAAAGAUGUUAUUAUCGCCUCGCAAGCAGCCGCGCGCCGUGAGCAAGGUGCCUUACAAGGUGCUGGAUGCGCCAGAACUGGCGGAUGACUUUUAUCUGAAUCUGGUUGAUUGGGGAAGCACAAACAUAUUAGGUGUAGGCCUUGGCAGUUGCGUGUACAUGUGGAAUUCAAACUCGGGGAAGGUGACGAAGCUGUGCGAUUUGGGCACGGAGGAUAGUGUGACGAGUGUGUCGUGGAUACAACGGGGUUCACAUGUCGCGAUAGGAACAAAUAAGGGAUACGUACAGAUUUGGGAUGCAAGAGAAUGUCGCCGGUUACGCACGAUGACCGGUCACACCGCUCGCGUCGGUGCACUCGCGUGGAACGACCAUAUCCUUUCAUCUGGGUCACGGGACCGCGCCAUUUACCACCGCGACGUCCGUGCGCCAGAACAGUAUAUUUCAAAGCUCACGGGCCACAAGCAAGAGGUGUGCGGACUCAAGUGGAAUUGCGAGGACGGACAGCUUGCCUCGGGCGGAAACGACAACAAGCUGUUCGUCUGGGACAAGCUCAUGCCGCAGCCGCUGUACAAGUUCUCGGAGCACACGGCGGCGGUCAAGGCCAUUGCGUGGUCGCCGCACCAACACAACACGCUGGCGUCCGGUGGAGGAACUGCGGAUCGGAAGAUUCGAUUUUGGAACACCUCGACCGGACAACCGAUAAACGAGAUUGACACGGGCAGUCAAGUGUGUAACCUCGCAUGGUCCAAGAACUCGAACGAGAUCGUGUCGACACACGGCUUCUCGGAGCACCAGAUUGUGGUGUGGAAGUACCCCUCAAUGACUCAGGUGGCGACUCUCACCGGGCACACAUAUCGAGUGUUGUAUCUUGCGAUGUCGCCGGACGGCCAGGUGAUAGUGACGGGAGCUGGAGACGAAACGCUUCGGUUCUGGAAUUGCUUCACCAAGAACAAGAACGAGGGACGGAUAUCGACAGCCUUCGACCCGCUGGCACAAAUUCGAUGAUUGAUUACGAUGGAUUUGAUUUUAGACAUUGACUUCUUUAGAUACCUUCUUCUUCUUCUUCUUCUUCUUCUGUCUUGGACUAACUAUGGCUUUCCUUUUUCUUUUUCCUUUUCUGGGUGUCCUAUUUCUUUAUUUUAUUUUUUGCUACAUAUGGUGUUCUGGGUAGGACAUGGCUUGGUUGCUGUUGUC